UGUGUGGCGCCCUGGACAAACCUCAAUUUCGACGUCCUCUUCCCUAUCCCUCGCUUAUAAAAAGUCGACAUAUUUAUUUAAUUAUUAAGACAACAGAAAAUAUGCCAGGUAGUACAGACAGUACAGUACAAGUAUAACACAAGCACUGCAUGCAGAACCUGAGCUGCUCAGUGGAGCCAGUGGGGGCGGAUUUUGAUGUGGAGAACGUGGGUCACAGAAACGACAAGGAAAUUCGUCAAGAAACCUAUUCUUUUGUGUACAAAUUUAGAGCAAACCAAAAAUAACCACAACAAAAUUUUCCUUCUGACGUUGAAAGUCCUCGCAGAGCAAUGCUUUUGAUUAACGAUGCGGCGGCGGCCGGGAAGGAACAUCUGCUUCAUUCCCAGGCUGGUGGUGCCCGUGCUCGCCAUCGGAGUGCCGUUGGUGUUGCUGGUUGGACGUCCCACUGAUGACAAAGUGACCAUGGGCGGCCGUGUGGGCGCUCCCUCGGUGCUGCUGUGGACUAUGAUGCGGUCAGGUUCACGAAUGGUGCAGGAUCUGCUCACUGCCCAGCCCUGCUCUUUCCCCGCGGAGGAGCCGCUGCGGCGCUACGUCAGGAAGCAUGAUUUUAAUGCUUCCGUCAGCGUGUUACAGGAUCUUCUUGGCUGCCGAUUUUCUUCUCGCUCAGAUAACCUGACUGAGUGGGUUAAUAAAUCGUACGUGAGUAACACCCAUGUUCGGAAGCUGUGCCAGGCGUUCCCCAGACUGUGCUGGGACGGAAUGCUUGUCGAUACCUUGUGCAGGGCGUCCUGUCUCAGGCUGGUGCGGGUGGUGGCUGAAGGACUUGCUCUGGCCUUCAGUUUCCUGCAGGAUAGCGCCUCCAACAACCACAUCGUUCACUUGGUGCGAGACCCGCGGGGAAUGCUCUCCUCCAGGGAAAAACUUCAGCACGGGAGGUACGUGAUGUUCUAUCAACACAAGAAGACUGAUUUUUUUCGUAAUGAAGAGAUGGACGUGAGUGUUCUGUGCCAACGCUACCGCCACGACCUGGCCGUGGCGACACACCUGGCCCGCCACCACCCUGACAGGUACACGCUGGUGCGGUACGAGGACAUCGCGCGCCAGCCCCACACGGAGACACGCCGCCUGUACUCCUUCAUGGGCCUGGCCUACACGCCCCUCGUGGCCUCGGUGGUCAGCAAACACACCCUGGGCUUCUACAAGACGGAAGGGAAAGAGCACCCCUUCUCCACCUCCAAAAACUCCAGCGGCAUCGUGUUCGCGUGGCGGAGCCGCCUUUCCUACAGCGAGGUGGAGAGGGUCCAGGAGGAGUGUGGAGAUGUGCUGCGUGCCUACGGCUACAGGCACUUCUCGCGCCGCCAGUAUGAGGAGGAGGCGGCCUCGCCCCUGCUGCCUCUCCCGGCGGGCUGGGCCGCGUUCCUCUCUGCCGAUAUAGGAGACGCCUGACAAGGAGAGAGAGAGAGAGAGAGAGAGAGAGAGAGAGAGAGAGAGAGAGAGAGAGAGAGAGAGAGAG